CAUUUAGUUUUCAUGGCUAGUGGCUGAGGGUAGCUAUAGCUUAGAGAUUUCCUUAAGCAUUUUGCUCAUCAUACUAAGAAUAAAAUUUCGGAAUGCAUUCCCCCCUCCAAAUGUUUUUUCUUUUGCAAAAAACCCCCAAAAUGCUUGGUGGGGUGUGAUGGGGACAAGGGCCAUUUCUAGGGUCCCCCCCCCCACCGUCACAUUUUUAGAUCUGGCCAAUAGGAGUUUAUCUAAAAGAGUUACCUAAGGUUGUUGCCAUGUCUGUUGGGUUUCCAUUGAUGUGCUCAAGGACGUGUCUGACAAAACCCACCCUUGCAUAAGAGAAUUGCAACAGUUCAGCACAAAAUAAUAGUAAAAUAACUGUCAUCCUAUGGGAGAUGAUUCUUGAUGGAAAUAUGGAGGGCUGGAUUUGGCAACUGUCAGUUAAAGAUAUUUCAGGGAUGGCAACAGUUAUGGAAUUAUGCAGUGUGUGGAGAAACACUUCAUUUUGGUAGCCCCAAAACUUUCUGCCAAUUGGCUUAUUUAAAUUACUACGACUUAAGAGGGAAAUUCUCAGCAGAGGUGGGGAUCUAUUAUUGUAUUGAGAAGGCAGAGUUGAAUUGUCUCCACUCUCCAGCCUCCUGAAGGGAUCUUUUCCACUUUCUCCAAUAUGUACUUGGUGUGCUGCAUAGCUUUCUGAGACUGCAACUGAGAGCUGUUUGAGAUGUAGAGGGAAGACCCUGGCUUGCCUUCUAAGGGUGGGAUGGAUCUCCCUGAACAUAAGGCUGGGCUCAGCUCUGCAGAGACAGGUGAGGAUGAGCCCUGUUCUGCAUUGGAUGAGCAAGGGGAGCUACCUGAUGUCCCAGUCAAUGGACCCAUAAUUGAGGCAGAUGCCAAAGCGGAUAUGAAGGAGGAAUCAAGUGAAAAGAACCUGUCUGACUCAGCCUCAACUGAUAACACCUUGGAGGACUCCAGCGAGUUUAACCGACCUAUGGUGAUGGGCGAUGGGCCACCUGGAGAGGAGGAAGUAGCACAGCUGUGCCCGGCUACACACCGGGAUGAGGAUGUGACAGCUGACAGUUGGCGGGCACACAGGAAACAUGUCUUUGUUUUAAGUGAAGCUGGCAAACCCAUUUACUCGCGCUAUGGCAACGAAGAAGCCCUCAGCUCCACCAUGGGUGUUAUGAUGGCACUUGUAUCAUUCAUCCAGAGUGGGGAUAAUUCCAUCCGUUCCAUUUAUUCUGAUGAUCACAAACUGGUUUUUGUGCAGCAGGGCCCGCUGGUGCUGGUGUCCGUGUCGCGCACCUUACAGUCAGAGCAGCAGUUGCAGCAGGAGCUUUUGUAUGUCUACUAUCAGAUUAUCAGCAUGCUCACAGAGGCCAGCAUCACCCGCAUCUUUGAGCGGAAAAAGAACUAUGACCUCCGACGCCUGCUGACCGGCUCAGAGAAGAUCCUCAACCGCCUGCUGAACCUGGUGGAGUCGGACCCUUGCUUCCUGCUUGGUGCUGUGCGCUGCCUGCCCCUCCAAGCCUCCCUGCGGGAUUCCCUGGGUACUUUGCUCCAGAAGGCCAUCACGCCCAAUCUGGUCUUCUCCAUUCUGGUGGCCCGCAGUCAGCUGGUCACCACAGUGCAGGAGAAAACAGUGAUUGAAGACUGCCGUUUAGAACCCACUGACUUGCAUCUAUUGCUCAACCUCAUUGGGGCAACCUCUGCAUUCCAAACAGGGGAGAUUUGGACGCCUAUUUGCUUGCCACGCUUCAACCCAGAUUGUUACUUUUAUGCUUAUAUUUCCUACUUGGAUGCAGAAUGUACUGUCUGCCUCAUUCUUCUCUCCACGGACAAGGAGUCUUUCUAUUCUGUCUCGGACUGCAAGAAACGCAUUGAGGAGGGCAUGAGGACUCAGAACUACCUGCAGGCACUCUCAAGCGGCCUGAGAAGCCCUUCCUAUAGUGUGGGGCUGGUGGGUGUGCCAGACCUCCGGCACUUUAUGUACAAGCCUCUGGAUAUACCUGAUAACUACCGGCAGCUUCCCCAGUUCACCAGCCCAGAACUGGAGGGGCCUUACUGCAAUGAGAAUGAACGGCACCGACUCUUUGACCUCUAUCACUACCUUCACAGUCGUAUCCACAGUACCUCACGCCCUCUGCGUCUCAUCUACCAUGUAGCUGAAAAGGAAACCCUCUUGGCUUGGGUCACAAGUAAGUUUGAACUGUAUACCUGCUUCAGUCCUUUGGUGACCAAAGCUGGUGCCAUCAAUGUCCUGACUAAGCUGCUGCGCUGGAUAAAGAAGGAAGAAGACCGGCUCUUCAUUCGUUACCCACCCAAAUAUUCCACCACACCCAAUCCUAGUAAAGGAAGCAAGGGGUCCCGGACUGAUGGUGCUGAGAAUGGCUUCUUUGGAGGUCUCUAAAGCCUAGGACUUUAAUACUGAACUGUACCCUGUGUGCACCUCCUUACAGACAAGGAACUUCUCUGGGUGGUUUUGUUCUUCACAAGGUGAUCAGGGUCUGUGUGGGUAUGAAAAACAUUGCAAUUUUCAGGCUAAGCUGUCCCUUUGGUGAUUCAUUCAUAUAGUUUUAGCCUGCUUUUUAGAAGUUUUAUAUUACUUGUGAUCUUUGGCACCAUGCCUGCAGAAAGGGAUUGAGUCCGGACACAGACUGUCUGGUAGACUGGAGAUUACUAAGGAAUUGUGGCUCUUGUAUUCUGGGAAAGUGGCAUAUAAUUGGAAUAUGGGGGAUUUCAUAUAUUCCUGCUUAAAUAUAGUUUCUGCCUAUUCUGGAGUCCAGCAGGUUAGAAUUAUCAGUGGGUAGGUGCUCACACCAUGGAUAUUAUCACUGGGGGUGGGGGUAGGAUUGCAUUCCUUAUCACAUUGUUUCUUUUCCUCCUAAGAGGGCAUGAUGGCCACUUCCAUGCUUUUGGACAAAAGUCAGGAGGUAGGGAGUCUGGCUUGCUCUGUUUCUCUAAGAGUAGGUUCAAAUUUGCAACAAAUAUGGUCUUGGUAAUCUCUGAAAAUACUUGCCCUUCAAUAACCUACUUGAUUGUCCAUAGUUGCUAUCUUUUGAGAAUAGCUGUCCAGGAUCUAAUCUAGUCGGUGCUAGAGGUUUAUAAAGAGCCUAUUACUUUCAGACAACACGUAACCUAGAGAGAUAGAUGAAUGCUUCCUGCAGAGGUAGCUGACUUGAAUCAGGCUUAUGCCGAUUUGAGAGACUGCAAGUGAAGAGGCCCAGUUCCAAAGAUUCUUCUAUCCUGGGACAAUUGAAAUAUUUUAUUAGAACAUCCUUGUUCUUUGGGCUAUAAUUGCCUAAUGAAUUAGAGAAGCAGCUUCAGUCAGCCCUUUGGCCUGACACUAAAGGAUAAAGUUAUGUUGAAGGGUAUUUUACAGUCCUGGUAUGUUAAUUGAUGUCUAUAUGAUGACUCAGUUUGUACUGUGUAAUUAUGAUGGAUUAUUGACAUUCUUUUUAAUGUAUUAUGUUGGAACCUAAAUGGCUUUGAAAAAUUGUCUCACUGUCCAUAAUUCCCCCCCCCCGCCUUUGCCCCGUCUUCUUUUAAAAAAUUAAACUCCAUCUUAGAUUGAAACAGGAGCUGGCAAAAGUUCAGAGAUGGAGAAUCUUUGUUUUUAGCUGAAUAACACGCUGCUCCUAUAAGAGUUCUACUACUAUUUUUGUGCAGGGAUAACACCAGCCCUUCCCCCAAUAAAUCUGUUUCUGUGUGUAUGUUUUUUUAAAAAAGGCAAUAGGAAAGAACAAUUGGACCUGUCUAAACAGCCUCCUGAGGCUUGAUACUGACAAAUAGCUAUUUUUACAUCCUUGUCAACUCCCAGAUUUUGUCUGGAUGUACCACCAGUUGUGACAACUCCGCUUCUCAGAAGGAGACACUGAACAUCUCAUUUUCUUGCAAUUAACAGUUGCAUCUUUGCCCUUCCUGAGCAGGUGCUGUUCUGCUGUGCAAAUACGUGCCCUGUAUGAAUUUGCUACUCCUCCAGUGGGUCUGUUCUGUUUCCUGGUCCUUCCUGAUUGCUUAAAAAAAAGUAUUAUUUUUGUCCAAAGGGGAAUAUGAGGGAGCAUCUGUUCUCCAGUGGGCCAUCUUGGCACCCUGUUAUUUCUCAUGAUGUGGUGGGGAGUGGUAAGUCUUAAUUUAACCUGGGAUGCUUUUGUUAAGUGUACUGAUUGUGACCAGUUUUGAUGUAGGCUGAGCACUGAACUGGAUUCUACCCUCAUUGCCAAUACUGCAGUGACUGGAGAAACUAUGCUAUUUUGCAGGGUGUAUCUGUUGCGAUUGGAUUCCUCCUGGUGCAUGCUAUGCUUCUUGCUCAGCUUGCUUUCGGCUAGCAUGUUUUCUUGCCCUGGUAAAAGAACAGCAGUGAUCCCAUGCAUAAUGUGGCUUAAUGACAAUGAGGGUUUAUAUUGCUGACUGAACUGUUGUACCGAGAACUGGAAGCAUCUUAUUAAAAACAAACACAAGUCAUUUUAAAAUCAA